AUGUCUCCACAAACCCCACGGCUCCUUCUCCGAAACGUCUCAUGUAUGAGAAACGCACAACAAAUCCUCCGCCACGUCAACGUAUCUCUCCACGACGGCGGCGCACUCGUCUUAACCGGAACCAACGGCUCAGGCAAAUCAACGUUCCUCCGAAUGCUCGCCGGAUUCUCCAAACCUUCCGCUGGAGAAAUCCUCUGGAACGGACACGACAUAACGAAAUCAGGAAUCUUCCAACAAUACAAACUCCAACUCAACUGGAUCUCUCUAAAAGACGCCAUCAAAGAGCGUUUCACUGUCUUAGACAACGUGCAAUGGUUCGAGCUUUUAGAGAAUAAAAUCGGGAAGGCUCAGCCGGCGUUGGAGUUGAUGGGGUUAGGGAGGUUGGUUAAGGAGAAGUCGAGGAUGUUGUCGAUGGGACAGAGGAAGAGGUUGCAGCUCGCGAGGCUUUUGGCGAUUGAUAGGCCCAUUUGGCUUUUGGAUGAGCCGUCGGUGGCGUUGGAUGAUGAAGGGGUUAGGUUGCUUGAGUAUGUUAUUGGGGAGCAUAGGAAGAAAGGUGGGAUUGUGAUUGUUGCGACGCAUCUUCCUAUUGAGAUUGAUGAUGCUAUGAUCUUGAGGCUUCCUCCUCGGUUUCCUAGGAAGAUGACUUUGAUUGAUAUGCUUGAUCGUGCGGACAUUUCUUGA